CACGGCUGCCAAAACGCAGCAGCAGCUUGUGGAGAGCAGUCCCAGGCCAUAGUCGUUCCCAUGGUCGCCCUCGAUGGAUAAGAGUGUGAUUAAAUUCAGUCACUGUCACAAGGACAUCUUCUGCUUCUUCGUCCCGGAGCAAUGCCCUGAGUGUGAGGAGAGCUUCAGUGGCAGGAGGCUGGAGGAAGCACCGGUCAGUGUUCCCAACCCCUUCUCCAAUGGACACAAAGCACCAUGUGCGUUCCUCGUGGCUCCAACAGAAGACAAUCUGCUCAGAGAAUUUGAUGGUGGAUCAGAUCUACAUACUGGAAUUACAGAUACAAAGGGUGUGGUGUUUAACUACACUAAGACUGGGGUCCGCCGGGACCAUCAGGGCUGGGAGCGCUGCAUCAGUAUCCCACUGGUUCAGCCAGACAUGUACAAUCUGAUCGAUCAGUGGGAUCAAUACCUGGAGAAAUUUUCCUCAGCGCAAAUGUGGGAUCCACUGUGGCAAAGCUUUAACGAGGAGAACCACAACUGCUACAGCUACACUCUGAUGUUCAUAAACUGCAUCCUGGCCACCCAGUCCAAACGAGCUCUCAGCAAAGACGAGUUCACACAGACUUUCGUUCUGCCACGUGUCAAAAGGGCGUCCAAGUACAGCAUGCUGUGCCGGGAGAUUUCUCAAAAUCAUUUCUACAUCGUAGACAGUCCGAAAAGAAACUCGCGGGAAGGUCAAAGUGAUGAAGAGGAAGCUGGGAAGAGCAUGUCUUGAAGAAGUGCACCUGGGCUUAAAACACUAUUUAUUUAGGGAUGCAAUGAGACUUGUAAAUAUGAUUGUUGCCCAAAAAUAUUUAAGCAAAAGUGAUGUAUUGCUAUUUGGAAGAAAAAUAAAAGUAAUCAGGAACAAUAAAAGAUCAGAAAUAUAGACUGAUAUGGGAAACUCAUGAUCAUAUAUGUAUGUCUUGGCAUGGAGUUGUAAAGAUUACUAAUGGAAUAAUCCAUCUCAAGCAGCUGCUGCAGAUUUUUGUGGUAGGGGUGGAGUGUUAAUAGUCCAGUAGCAUCCCACACAUUUUCAAUCAGGGAUAGGUCUGAUAAUACUGCUGACCUAGGCAUAGCAUUAGUGUCUUAAGGGCAAGCUCAAUAGACUACAGAAGAAUGUGAACAAGCACUGUCCUGUUAAAACAGUGCACAGGACUAUGCUUUUAUGACUAUCCAUUUAAAUUCCUUCUGGAUGCAACUACUUUUUGACAAUAAGUCUAUAUCUAAUAUUGGAUAUAUACUCUCUGAAAAUUAGGAGAGCACUUCAGUUUCUGAAUCAGUUUCUCUGCUGUUGCUAUUUAUGAGGUAUAUAUUUGAGUAAAAUGAACAUUGUUGUUUUAUUCUAUAAACUCCGGGCAACAUUUCUUGCAAAUUCCAAAUAAAAAUAUUUUCAUUUAGAGCAUUUAUUUACAAAACGUGCAGACCUCAAAUAAUGUAUAAAGAAAACUAGUUUAUAUUCAUUAAAAGUUUAAGAGUUUAGGAAUCAAUAUUUGAUGGAAUAAACC